GCCUACUACCCCCAGAGGCCGAAAGUGAACCUUUGGGAUGUGCCCGCCCAUGCGGGGCUGAACACCUGGAAGGACUGGCAUGGGCCGAAGAUGGCCACGGAUGCGGAGACGAUCGAGCGUCUCGACCACUUUGAAGAGGAACAGGCCGAGUGGGAGGCCAAGAAGUUCUUCGUCAACACGGUGCGCACGGAGACGCUGGACCGCUUUUCCAACCGGAAGAUCAACCGGCAGAUGCUCGAAUAUCAACCAAGUUGGGCACCUCACCAUCGUUCAAGACGAGAGGUGCAUCCCAUGUUCGAGACGUUUGAGUCGUGCAUGGGCGAGAAGCCCCGGAAAGAGCUCAAGAAGGUCUAUACCGAUAGCGUGCUGCGCAAAGACCGACAGGCCAUCCGCCAGAUCGUCUCGCGCAUCCAGGGCGAAGAGACCUGGAAGAUGGCCUACAAGCAGUAUCAGCAGGACCGGCGCGCGGACAUCCGCGCCGACUUCCGGGAACGCCAGGCUCACACCGACCAGCUCAUGGCGCUUGCAGGGCAGCCUGGGAAGGAGGGUUCGCACCCGCCGCUGCCCAACAACUGCACCCAAAGAAGCGAGGAGCUCGCCGCGCCACGGCCCGCUCACGUGCCGGACGAUGUGACGCACUUCAACGAGUUCCGGGGCCUCAUUCACGCCGACUGCGACUUCGCCUUGGAGGUCCUUUUCCCCGGCUUCGGGCCAGAGCUGAGCAAGGGCUUCUGCGCCAAUGCCACGAGGAGUGCCGAGCCAGGGUGGCCACCCCCGCCACCGGCUGAAACGCCUCGGCGACAGCGGGGCCCCUCGCGGGAGAAGCAGCUCAAAAAGGGUGCCAGCGUGAUGAAGGGCACCAUUCCGGUCACAAA